UAACUAUUUUCUAGUUUGUCUCCAUUGCAUGGUUCAACGGAGGUAAUAAUUAUGAAGGCUACCUGAUGGGACUGAGUGGGGGAUCGGACACUGUCCUGAUAAAGUUAUAAGACGGAUUAACAAGAGGAAACUCUGUCCAGUUAGUCAGUUUCAGCCUCAGUACACUCGCACAAUGUUACUCACGUACCGAUUGUUAGCAGCCUUGGCAGUAACGUCACUUUGUUACUGCGAUACUUCAGUAACUGCAGCAGAUGAUGAUGAUGAUGAUCCCUCACUUGUAGCACGUGCUCAAGAACUACUGGACAAAAUAAACAAAGAAUACGGGGAGUGGAAUAACAAAGCAUCGAUAGCGGCCUGGAAUUACGCGUCAAAUCUCACUGAUGAAAAUUUAUCUGUCCAAUUAAAUGUAUCUGCAGAAGUCGCUAAUUACGUACGCCAAGUGUACAAAGAAGUCACCGAAUUUCCCUGGGAAAAUAUAACAGAUUAUAGUAUUAGAAGGCAGUUUAAAAAAUUAGCAACUCCUGGUUCUGCUGCUUUGUCUCAAGAUAAAUAUAUGGAGUAUGAUGAGGUCAUUAGCAAAAUGCAAAGUACUUACUCUAAAGCUAAAGUUUGUCAGUAUAAAAAUACGAGUAACUGCAAUUUGUCGCUUGAACCAGAGCUCACUGAGAUAAUGAUCCACAGUCGUGAUCCCGAGGAGUUGAAAUAUGUGUGGCAAGCGUGGAGAAACGUUUCUGGAAAAAAUGUCAAGGAAGAUUUUACUAAGUACGUUGAGUUGAGCAACGAAAUUGCGAGAUUGAAUAAUUAUAGUGAUAUGGCUGCUUUCUGGAUGAAAGAGUACGAAGCUGAUGAUUUUCCUCAACAAAUCGAGUCAUUGUGGCAACAAAUAAAGCCACUGUACCUUCAACUGCACGCUUAUGUCCGAGGACAACUUCGUAAAAAGUAUGGAGAUGAUGUUGUGUCAAAAGACGGUCCGAUUCCCGCUCAUUUACUCGGCAAUAUGUGGGCACAGACAUGGAAUAACAUCGCGGAUUUCACGACUCCGUAUCCUGGAAAGAAAUUACCGGAUGUUACUGACGCUAUGGUCGCCCAAGAUUAUAACGAGACCACAAUAUUCCGGGUUGCGGAAGAUUUCUUUACUUCGUUAAACCUGAGUGCGAUGCCCGAGUUGUUCUGGAAGAACUCGAUCCUCAAAAAACCACCAGGCGUCGAGUUGAUUUGUCACGCAAGUGCCUGGGACUUUUACGACGGAAAGGAUUUCAGAAUAAAACAGUGCACGCGAAUUAAUAUGGAGGACUUGCUGACUGUUCACCAUGAAAUGGGACACAUUCAAUAUUUCUUGCAGUACAAGAACCAGCCGACUAUUUUCAGAGAAGGAGCCAAUCCAGGAUUCCAUGAAGCUGUUGGUGACACGAUAGCGCUGAGCGCUUCUACGCCAGAGCAUCUCCAGGAGAUCGGACUGCUUUAUGAUCCUUCCACCAGCGACGAAGCUGUUCUCAAUCACCUGUACUUAAAUGGUCUGGAUAAAAUAGUCUUCCUGCCGUUUGCUUACAUGAUGGACAAGUGGCGCUGGGGGGUCUUCCAAUCCAAGAUCAAACCCGACACUUAUAAUUGCGAGUGGUGGUCACUUGCCGAAGAGUUCCAGGGAAUUGUUCCUCCAGUAGAGCGCAGCGAAGAUGACUUUGAUCCCGGCGCCAAGUAUCAUAUCGUCGCUAGUGUAGAAUAUAUUCGUUACUUUGUCAGUUUUGUUAUACAGUUCCAGUUUCACAAGUCACUUUGUAUCGAAGCAGGACAAUAUGACCCGGAAAAUCCACAAUAUAAAGCUCUGAGCGAGUGCAAUAUUUAUGGAAAUAAAGCAGCGGGAAAAUUAUUCCAGUCGAUGUUGGAGUUGGGGUCAUCAAGGCCAUGGCCAGAUGCGAUGGAAAAAAUAACAGGACAAAGAAAAAUGGACGCAAGUGGUCUUCUUGAAUAUUUCAAGCCACUAAUGGACUGGCUUAAAACAACAAACGCUAAAAAUAAUGAAGUAAUCGGCUGGAAAAAUUCUGACAAAACUUGCGUGAAAAAAACACAGAUGUAAAGCCGUUUUUUUAAGACAACAUAAUUAGCUUAUUAUUAAAUACCGAUAAAUAUUUGAUUACAUUC